CUCUAUUGUACUGUGAAAUCUCAGUUUUUUGUACUUUGAAAUUUUCUUAUUCUUUAGGUAAUGUAGAACGUCAUGAUUAGGUACAAUGAAUUUACCCGUUAUGCGCCGUGGGUUAUCACCAGAGGGACGCAAGAUACGUGAGCGUCACCAGGGAACUCUCACCAUUGGCAUUCAAGGCACAACAGUACAACCAACUGAACGAGAUAGAACUCAUCAUAACUUUUUACAAGACAAUGUAAGGCGACUGCAUGAAAUACAAGCACGCUGUAAGGAACGAGACAACCACAAACGAUCUCAACCAUUAAAAGCAACAAGAGAAAGUUCAGCAAGCACCUCUUCAUCUGUGAGACAGGGGAGUGCCUUGGUACCUGUUCGAAACGGCUCUGCUAAACUUGUUAGAUGCCAGAAUUCAGAACGGGGAGGAAGUGCACAUUCAGACUAUUUCUCUCUUACGGAGGAACAAAUUGAACCUCUAAUCACUCAACCCUCUCAGCGUUACCUCUCGGAGCAUAGUGGACUAGUUUCAUCAGAUAACAAUGCAAUUUCUGAUAGUAAAUGCAGUGGAGAGAAUAUUUUAAAUUAUCCAAAAAACUUAAAUCAAGACAAUCAGAUACUUCUAAAAAACUCCCAUAUUUCAAAUUCUCAACAAAGGUCUAGAUCAGGAAGCCCAGUUAUUCUCAAGCCUAUUACUUCAAAACUCGUGCAAACCAUGCCUACAUCUGUGGUUCCUACAUUAAAACAAACAUCUGGGACUGAUCAGAUGUUUCUUAUUGAAAGUGAGUUAACCCAGGGAAUGAAGAAAAUGAGACUGGAUAAUUUAAUGUCAAAAAUCAAAAGUCAAAAACCCUCUUGUGAAUUAGAUUAUAACCUUCAUUAUAAGACCAUUGAGCAUCAACAUAAGAUGUUACUUGACAGUUCUGAUAGGUUGAGUUCAUACAGAAACUAUGAUGGGAGUGCAAGAAAUGAAAUAGACACCCAAAGGUCUGGGAUCAAAUUGAAAACCCCUGUAGUAUCCAGUAGACCAACAAGUUCAAAGAUGACACGUGCUCAAAGUUUUGACAGAGAUCUAUUAAAUAAAAAGAAUGGAAAUAUGAUUCCAAAAUCAAAUAAGCCAAACAGUAAUCUUAAAAAUAAUAAAAAGAACUCGCCACAUCCCUCAUCUCCACACCUUAGGAAGAGAUUAUCAAAGUCUAAUAGUAAUCUUGCCCAUUCUAAUUCUAGUUUGUUUUCUCAAAGUUCCAAUCAAGACCAGUCUGGAGGUAUAACGGUAGACAGAAGAAAAGUCAUCUUAUCUCAGAGAACAACUCCUUCACCCAGUUCACCAACAAAAAAUGACACAGCCAAAGUUGAAGCUGUCCAGAGCAGCAGGAGCAGUCCGGUAAAGAGUUCUGGCGAUGGAGAUGAUAGAAAUAUACAGGAAUCAUCAUUGCCAUCACAUACUCAAAUAGAUUUCAGUGACUAUUACUCUGAUGAUAAAUUACAAUAUGGUGAUGCUGGUGAAGUUUCAUUUGAUAGGACAGACUCUGUUGGAGAUAUAAAUCUUUGCACAGCAGUAUCAUCUUGUGACAGGGAUACUGAUAAUCAAUUUCAGUCAGCAUUACAUGAACCAAAAAGUGAAAAGCUUCACCUGAAUAUACGCCCAGAGAGUACUGGGAGUUUGGUUAAUCAAAAUAUAGAUAACAGGAUCCUGACAGAUGAUCUUCGCCUUAAUACUUGUGAUACACAUUUUGAUGACUUAGAUUUUAUACAAGACUUAAGUAAAGAUAGUCCCAAAAUAAUUCAAAAUGAAAACAAAGAUAGCCAUGAAGAUGAAGAUAUUAAAACUUCAACACCUGUGCCAAAUUCUCUUCAUGACAUUCCAUUGUGUAGCUCUUCUCCAAAACUAUUGAAGAGGCAAGAGCAUGAGGUUCAUGGAACAAGAAAAUCAACACUCAGAAGAUCACAGUCCCUGAAAAAUGUGCACCACCGUCCUGGUGACCUACACCACCAUCCUGGUGACCCACCACCCACCUACAAAAAGGGCAAGGUACCAAAAUACCUCUUGGCUCGCAAGGAAGAAGAAAAGCGCUUAAAAGAGUUAGCCUUGGCUGUUGACCCAGACUGUCCUCCUGGACAUACUCCAUUACCUGAUCAUGAGCGACGUAACACAUUACAUCUUCUGAAGAAAAGUCAAACUGAAGUAAUGAGGGAGCUGUCAACACUACCAGUGGCUCAAGAUACACUCAGACUUAAAAAAUUACGCCAUGAUCUGGAGGCCAAACUUACACAGAUUGAAGAUGGACUGAGGAUCUUUUCUCAACCUCAAGUGUAUGUCAUGAAUGAUGAGUAAACUUAGUAGAUAAAAAAAAAUGCAAAUUAGGACUGAAGCUAUUGAAUACAGGUCUUAUGUUCAAUUGUUCAUCCUUCUACUGGUUCCUUGAUGCUGGUGAGAGGAUCCUGAUCCAAGGAAUUGAGUGUGUCCUCCUCCUUGGAUUGAACCUGAUUGCUUCUUGUUACCCAGGCACUGUACAACCUUUAUGGGUUUAGCGCUUCCCCUAAAUAAAAUAAUUAUAACACUAAUAUUAUACUGUAUUGAAUAUAAUUGCAUUUUCUAAGUUCUAAGUAAAUUUUCUAUACAGAUUUUUGGGAUAUAUAAUGGGAAAGUAGAAAUCCCUAUUAACUCUACAGACUAGCAGCAAGGUGUAUAAGUCUCAUCUGGUGUUAGGUUCUCUUUCCAAUGCAGUCUUCAGUGAGACUGCAGACUGAGGACAGGGGACACAUCUAUUCCAUCCAUAAACACUUGCAUGGAGUCCCGUGGCUUGCAAUGUGCCAUUGACUAACCAUAUUCUAAUAACAAACCUUUGGCUCAGACCUUAAUGGUUUAGACAGGUUUUUUUA